AUGUCUGUCCAGGAGUCCCACCGUGACGAAGAGGAGGAUUUCUACACCCAGUGCAGAGCCUCGUACCUCGCUGUGUUCAAGUCCAGUUUGUCGAACAUCACGUCGAAGCAGCAGCUGUGUCGCGUUCUCCAGCAAGCAGGAAGAAAUCCAUCCCUGGCCACUCUCAGUAAAUACUGGAGCCCAAGAACGUCCAAUCUGAACUUUGAUGACUUCUGUGAGAUUCUCAAGUGUGAGAAGAAGACGGAGGAAGCGGAGCUGAUGACAGCGUUCCAGAAGAUGGAUAUUAACGGCGAUGGCUUCAUCACACACAGCGAACUGGAAAUGGCCCUGACCACUAGUGGGGAAAAGAUGACGCCCGAGGAGGUGAAUACCAUUUUCACAUUAGCUGACAUCAACAAGGACGGCAAACUAAACUAUGCAGAAUUCUGCAGACUGCUGGUGUCGACAGUGGAACAGUGUCAGGUGGCAGCUUUGGAGCGGCUGGAGGCGGAUGCUAAGCUGAAGAUACAGAACUUUGGCAGUCAGUCAUACAGUCCUGCAAAGAGCGCCGUGUCAUCAGCAGCCUCCUCAGCAGCAGCAGCUCAGCCUCAACCUCCAGAAACACCAGACGUGACACUCAGAAAAGACAGCCGAUCGUCCUCUCGUCCUUCCUCCGCUCGCAGCCGCCGGUCGUCUCUGGCGAACUCGAUCAAUAUGAGCUCCAGCAGCUCCAGGUCCGGCAAAGUACAGGAGCCUGCAGGCUUACAGGAGUGGCACCACAGUCACAUGAAAGGAUGUUUCUUCUUGGAGGACGAUGGGAGUGUCGGCUCUCUGCAGUACCAGGUCCACAUCCCGCAGACAGCCAACGUCUACCUGACCGUCCAGCCGCAAAGCCUCAGCCACAGACCGGACAAGUCUCCUCCCUGGAUGACGGUGGAUACGGCUCUUUUCAUUAUGACGGCUGGUGAAGCCAAAGAAGAAUCUGUCGUGCAUUUCACUGAGUCAAGAGACAAAGAGAAGUACAUUUGGAAAGGAGAGCUGAACACUGGGACCUACUUCCUGCUUCCCUUCACCAGCGGCUGCAGACUUAAGAAAAGGAGCAAAAAUGAUCUUCCUGACAAACCUGUGGAGCUCGUCUACAGGACCGACUCUGGAGAACUAGACCUCACCAGGGAGCUCAGGGAGGCGCUGUCUGAAAUCUUUGAGGUCAUAGACUUGGAUGGAAACGGUCUCCUCAGUCUGGAAGAAUACAAUUUCUUUGAGCUCAGGACCAGUGGAGAGAAGUGUGACAAGGAGGCCUGGGCAGUCUGCAAAGAAAACUUUGAUAUGAGAAGCAAUCAACUGACCAAGCAGGGCUUCAUGGAGCUGAACCUGAUGGAGGCCACAGAGAAGGAUGGAGACCCUGCGGACCUGUGGGUCAUCCUGGAAGCCAUGGGCUACAACCGCAUGCUGGAGCUAGUAGAGGCUUGUCCAUUCCAGAUAGAUGUACACUGUGAAGACACGCCGCUGUCUCUCCAGCCUCUCAGUAUGGACACAGGGCCCAAGCUCCUGAACCAGGCCAUCCAGAAGUCCAUCAUAGCCAGGACAGGGGCCAAAGCACUGAGGGGACUAGAUAAUGUUUUCAUCUACACCUACCGAGGAGAACACAGGAUCUCCUCACUCAUAGCUAACAAGACCAACCAGAAAGUGACGGUGCACAUAAACAACGAGCAGAACAGGAACUGCAGCAGCAGCAGAGGCAUGAGUGUGUUCGCUGUGGAGGUGCCGGCCCGGACCAAGAUGGUUUGCCAACACAUUCUACCUAUCAGCGACAAACAGGACUGGACCUAUAAUUGUGUGGAGACGAUAUUAACCUGCUCAUGAAGAUGUGCUGCUAUGAAAGAUUUAAUGCUCUUAGUGCCACUGCUACAGAAAAGGGAUGGACCAAAAACCAUUAAUGAACCAGUGCUUUUAAAUAUAUGAUUCAUAGAUUGUUCUUUAUGACUGCUGCUUGUGUGCCUUUGUUAUGUGUGACAUAUUGU